CCACGUGAAGUGGUGCGUUCUUCCACAACUCUCGAAAAUGUCGACCCUCGACCACGGUUAAAUCCGCGUGUAAAGUCUAUUCUUUCAUCGAAAUCACGACCUUUCGGUCACGAAACAAAAGUCAAAGACACAGGAGGGACGAUCAUUGUAAAAAGUUUACGUGACGAGUGUUGUUUAGGUGUUUCGUUAAUUGCAAGUGCUUCGUUUAACAGUCUUCUUAUACAGUUGCUUCUUAUACAGCUGUUUCGUACAACGUUUUCCAUAUUGUUACUUGCAAGUACGACAAGACGUUGCAAGUAUUUCUCGUUGUUUUAAUAGUUUUAUCGAUUUUGUUAGCGAAUCAUUCAGACGUGGUUCUUCACUAUAACUGAAAUCAGGGUUCUUCGGGGAAGAACGUGAUUCACGUAAAGUGCACGUUAUCGCGUGUAUGAAUUACUUUACGCGGGAAAAAGUAUUCUCGAAGAAUGUAUUAAAUGAACGAUCGAUGGACAACAGCGCAAAAGCAUGUAUUGCUUCAUGAUUUUGCGGUACUGAAUGACUCUGCGAUCAGAAUGCCCUUUGCAGGACAAUGGUGCAAAGUAUGGAUUUAUUUCGGAUUCGUUUUCGCGUGGGCAAAGGGUGCGCGUCCACGCUUUGAUACCUCCACGGACAUGGGAUUAGUUCUAGUUCCAGCGGAUGCUGAAGUAGAUUCUGUCAUUUUUCGACUUCGCGCCACUGACCAGGAUGCAGAUUUCCCACUUGUUUUCGAAAUAACUGCUACCAUCACACCUGUUGUAAGGAUCGACAACCUGCCGUGCACGCUGUAUAACAAAGUGUGUCAAGCUAAUGUAAUACUAACGAAACGGCUAAUGCCCGGCCGCCUCCACGAUUUUGCUGUUAGGGUUAGGGACACGAAAGGAGAUUCGAACUCGAUGCAAGCUACUAUUUCUGUUACGAACGCAACCACCCUUCGUGAUAAAAUAUUCCCGCACAUACCCUCUCUGAUAAUGGUACCCGAGGAUACUAAACCAGGUAAAGAAUUAGAUUAUCUUUUAGUAAGAGCUAAUUCUUGGAGUGGAAAACCCGUUUAUAUCGAACUGUGGCAACCAAAAGAACUUUUCACUAUAAGACAGCGACAGACACCCACGCAAACACGAGGAAUAAUUACACUAACUGGAGAAUUAGAUUUCGAAACGCAAUCCAUGUACACUCUUACCAUGUAUGCUACGGAUCCCUAUACGGAGCAGGGAAAAGAUACUAGAAAUAUUGCAGGCUUAAGCGUUGUUGUGAUAGUUCAAGAUGUUCAAGAUGUUCCUCCAAUUUUUACGCUAGCCCCUCCCCUCACAAGGAUUAACAAUUCUGUACAACCUGGCGAUAUAAUACUACGAGUGCACGCGGAAGACGGAGAUAAAGGUGUACCGCGUGAGAUCGUGUACGGUCUCGUAUCUGAAGGCAACCCCUUUACGCCAUUUUUUAACAUCUCCGAAACAAAUGGUGAAAUAACUCUUGCCAAACCAUUGGAGGAACUUACCCAAAUUACGCACGUUGGAGCACCCGUUGUACUUACGGUGGUUGCUGAAGAAAUAAGAAGAAGCAGAGAAGAACCUCCUGCCCAAGCCACAGUCGUUGACGUUGGCUUUCUUCUUGGGGAGCCGGGAAAUAGUCCACCAUACUUCGAGAGCGAUAAUUACGUUGCUACGAUAGACGAAAAUCCUGAGCCGGGGACCGUGAUAAAUUUUGGUGAGCAAUAUUCAGCCAGAGUGAAAGACGAAGAUAUUGGAAAAGCCGGGGUGUUUGCGUUAAAGUUGGAAAAUAACAAUAAUACGUUUGAAAUAAAUCCGACGGUUGCAGAACGCAAUGCAGACUUUGUUAUAACCGUUCGAGAUAACACAUUCAUCGAUUAUGAAUUAUACAAAGUUUUAUCGUUCAAGAUUGUAGCUCAGGAAGUUGGUCCAGCCACGAAUCUAUCAGCGUCAGUGCCAGCUACAAUAUUUUUAAGAGAUAUAAACGAUAAUCCGCCAAUAUUUGACGAACAAUCAUACGAGAUAACGUUAUCUGAAAACGUAACUGCGGGUUCACGCGUGAUUCAGGUGCACGCAACUGACAAAGAUACAGGUGUUUAUGGCAGUAUCCGAUAUACCGGUAUAACAGGAGAAGGCAGCCAAGCUUUCACUAUGGAUUCAGACACUGGAUUAAUAACUGUCGCUAUGGGCUCUUCCUUAGAUCGUGAAGUUGCAGCAAGACUUGUAUUAACCGUUGAAGCUCGGGAUGAAAAUGGCAAUGGCAACAGUGGCGUUGUUCCUUUAAUAGUUAAUCUACUUGACGUGAAUGAUAAUGCACCAAUAUUCGAAAAGGACGUUUACGAGUUUAUGUUGAACUCUGAUCUAACUAAUUUUACAUCACCAGCUUUGAUAAAGGCGAUUGACGCUGACGCAGAGCCACCCAACAACGUAGUUAGAUACGAAUUAGUUUACGGAAACUACGGGAAGAAAUUCGAUUUAAACGAAACGAGCGGUGAAUUAAUACUUCUGUUGCCGAUUACGAAAUUCAGACAAAAGAAACAGAGCGCAUACGAGAAAUUUUCGAAGAAAGCUAAAACGAAAUUUGUCAAUAGUCAAGAAGAAAUACGAAACGAUUUCUUCAUGGUGACUAGAAACGUGAAUGAAUCUACGAGGAUUAAUUUGGGAAAUUUAACGAAGGAAAUGUCGACGGAAGUUAUAAAGAAACGACGAAAACGAGCUGACGACGAUGCACUGUACACUCUCACUGCCAGAGCAUACGAUCUAGGUGUACCUCAUCUUUCAAGUACAACAAAAAUUCGGAUCCUCAGUGGAAUCGCAAUGGAAGCACGCAUAAUGAUGUUCGUGGUGCCAGGAGAACAGCCGAACUCAACGAAAACUGCUGAAACUUUAGCUGCUAUUACAGGUGGUCGAGUGACUGUGUUAGAAACGCGACCUUAUAUUCAACGGAAUGACACUGGAAGUACAGGGAUUCUUCCUGGAGGAGGAAAAAAGAGUAUUAUCGUGGCUCGCGUCGAGCAAACGGAACCAGGUACGUCUUUGGUAGAUGUAGAAAAGAUUCGAGAAGCUUUAGCUGCGAAUGGAGUCGGGAUCAUUGCUGGAAACGCGAUUAUGAACACGAGUAUACAUAUCGACAAUACAAACGCUCCUGUUGAUGAAACUCCACGUCAUACAAAUGUUAAUGAUGGUCAAACGACUCUUAUUAACAAUACUAUUGCUGCUGUUCCAAGCGAAGAAGUGACGGUGUACAAAGCAGAAAACAAAUUAUUAUUCUGGCUUCUGAUAAUCCUGGUGUUACUUAUACUUUUGGCCAUUGCCGCGUUAAUUAUCUGCUGCAUAUGUCCUGGAUGUCCUUUUUAUAUGGCACCCAGAAAAAGACGAGUACAUUCGUCAGAAACAUUGGUCGUACGAUCAAAUGGAAGACCAAAACGACAUCUUCAUCGGCAGCCUGCGGUAGCUACCGAAGUAUCGUGGAAUGGAAGGAAACAGGCGUGGAGUGCUGAUCCAACAAGAAGAAAUUGGCAAUUCAAUAGAAGAAACGUAAAGAAUUGUUCGCUUCCUGGCGACGUUGCUUACAUUUCUGGGCAACCAAACGACGUUCAAAUGAACCUCGAAGCUCAAAGAUUAAGAGAUGGACAUUCUUACGGUCACUCGAGGAAGAGCAGAAUAAAUGAACAAGAAAGAAUGUACAUGGAGGAUGUGGAGGAUCAAAAGGCAAGAGGUUAUCGUACUGCGGAAUUAGACUCUUUGCAACGACAUGAGAUGGAAAGAGGUUCCGAUCUGCAACAUCAAGCUUAUAGGCAAAGAUUCGUGGAAGCCGACAUGAACGAAGAAGCAACUGUCAGAGAGCAACAUUUCUACCGCGAAGGAAACGCUGAAGUCUUACGGCUAGUGACACGAGGACAAGUGGAAGAUACGACAAGCCAUCUUCACCAACCUCAUCAUCAUCGCCCAACAGCCUUGAUCGUAGAUGGCAAGGAUAUAAUUCUGCAAAGAUUCAUAGAAGACCAGAAGUCGAGGCACGAGUUGUCGAUGCAGGACAUCGAAGCAGCUCGUAGCAUGGAAUCGCAUCAACGAUCGAAAGAAGUAUGUCAGCAACAACAGCCAGAGAUAAUCCUGAUACCGGACAGGUUGGAUCUCGGUCAUAGGCAGCACAUCGAAGAAAUAGGACCUAACGUGCAGAGGCUAGUGAUCGAUCACGGUGACUACGGUUCGCAAAAGAUAGAGCAAGAAUCUCUAAGGGAAUCUCAGAUGAGAGAAACUAUGAGGCAAGAGAAGCAAGAGGCUGUUGCAAGUGGUGCUCCAAUUGCUGAAAGACCGCCGGUCGUUACCACAGAUCACGUUCAAGCAAAUAGCAGCCAGUAUCCGUUUCACGACUUGGAACUAGCAAGACAAAACGCGCUAUUGACUCGAUUACUACUCGAAAGAGAAAAUCGUCGUGCAGGAGGCGGUGGAGUGGACUCCACGAGUUACUUAGAAACCCAAAGCCUUCCCGGACAAGUAGCGAUCGCUACUCAAACCGACAGAACAGCGGCCACUCAAACGGAACGUCAGGUGAAAAGCAGAAGCGACAACGACGAAUCCGACGAAGAGUCAAGACACAGGAAAAAAUUGAAGUCUAGGAAGAAGUACGGCGAUGGAGAUUGGAAAAGGUCUAGAACUCUAUGGAUGAAGUCGCCGAUCGAAGAAGAAGUGAGUCCUUGUUUCGAUAAACGAUUGAGCAUUCUGAGGAAAAAAGUGAGGGAGGUGAAAGAAGGCAGGAAGAUUUCUCUGGAGCCGGAUGUGCUGAGGGAAAUUUCGGAUUCUUUGGAUGGAAACGGAAGUUCGUACAAAGGCGAAGAGGACGAAACGAUGCGGAGUUAUCAAAAGACCGAACGCACGAGCAUCAGUUAUAAGAUUCUGAACGAGAAGGAGACUGGCUCGCAAUCUUCCGAGGAGAUACGUAAGGAGAGGCACGAGAAAAGUUGCGAGGACGUGACUGACGAUCAAAAGAUGAACGUCACUGAGUCCACUUCCUCGCCAGAAAUAAAAGUUCAACGUGAAAAGUACGUCCGCGAGAAGGCAGACGGCAGAAGUCCAAAAAAGGAGGGAAAAUCGAAGACGCAGAAAAAGUCAGAUGGCGUGAUAAAGCCGAGUUUCAGGAUUCUUGAGAAAGAGUUUACAAUGCUAACGAAGAAACUGAGCAAACUGGGUGACAAAAAAUUUCAGGAGAGCACUGGCAGCGACAGCACGAGCCAGGAGAAGUCAGACUCGUUUGCGAAAGAGCCGAAAAAGGACUUGGAUCAGAAAAGCGCGAAGAAGAUGGAUUCCUCGAGUUCUCAGAAACAAGCAACUGAAUGUACCGCGAGCUCGUUGAAGGCCGAGCAGAAAGGAAAACAGAAGAAGGAGUCAGCCAUAGCUAAAACGAAACAAAAGCUGAAAUAUCAACAGAGUCAAGUGAUGAGUACGGGAAGUUCCGAGUUCGACGAUGCUCUUGACAAACCGAAGAAAUUUUGCGGAACUCGUCACGAAACCGUGAAACAGAAGCAACCAAUUAGCACUCAAGGUCACGCGAAAGUGAAACGUCAAACGCAUAUGGAGCGACGAGAACCUAAAAAGCAAAUGUCCGAAUUUCGAGACGAAGAAGUUGAAAAGCGAAAGGAAGGACCCUCGAAGGAAACACCAAAGGCUGAAUUGAAGUCUGAGAGGAUUGGGAAAAUGAUGAUAAAAGCACCGAAACUGGCUACUAUAUCUCGUAAACAGAACAUCGCUGAAGAAACCAGUACCAGUACAGAAGAAAGAAGAGGAGGAAGAGAUGCGUUUACUCCAAGAGAUUUCGAAAAGAAAAGCAGUACAGAGUUUUCAGAAGGAGAUUCAAAUGGCGUACAGCAACGCGUGGUAGAAAGGUUUCCAAAGAAGAUAAUUGAAAAAUUUAGCGACGACUUCGUUGAAGAACCGAAGAAAGAAACCGUGAAACAACAAGCAACAAUUUCUACGGGAGAAGAACGGGAUACAACGAACGUAGAAAAACACAAGAUAGUUACAGAGAAAGAAUUAUGUAUUCCUGACACAAUACAGGUGUCAAAAAAUGGGUUGAAGUGGAUUCGAGAUACAUUCGAAGAACCUGUGAAAUGUGAUGAUUCUACCGCUCAUGCUAAAGAAGAAUUGAUUAGAGGUUUUACGGCUAUUGAUACGAUGGCUGCAACUAAGAAGGAAGAGCUCAGUGAAACUAUCGUACGAGAUCGGCAAACUGAUAAAACUUCGCCUGAAAAAGAACCUAUGGAGAGUAUAAAAUAUAGCGACACAGCUGAAAAAAAAGAAAGUACGCAAACAGAUAAAUUAACGAGCGAAGCUGAAAAAGACAUAGCUGAACAUAUAAAGGAUAAAUUAGAAGAUUAUAAGGAAGAAGAUAAAUCAUUAGAUGAGUCCAAAGAGCAAAUUGAAAUGAUACCAGUGCGCGAGUUAGAAGAGCGGAAACAAGACGAUAAAGAAGAUGAUAAAUACGAGUAUUUGGAGCAGAAAAUGAAAAAGCUGUCAAAAGAUGUUGGGGAAGAGAGUGUAGUUUUAAAAGAGCUUAAGAGGGCAGAAGUAGAAUAUAGAGCUGAAGGAAUUUCUACAGGAAGGGAAGAAGCAGAAAAAGAACUAGAAGUCGAAGUUGAUGCUCUUAAGGAAGAAGAACGUAGUGAUAAAGUAGGUACAGUGCAGAAGAUCGAAGAACCAGUUGAGAACUAUAUAGAAACUGAAAUGCCAAGUAAUGGACAGGACAGUGUGAGACAAGAUGUGGCAGAUGAAUCAAAAAUACGUGGGAAAAAAGAUAAAACGGAUAAAGCUAAUGGAGAAGAGGAAAAAUCAGUAAAACACGUAGAUGGUUCAAAAUUAGAUCACGCUACUAUCGAGGAGAAGGAAGGUCCAAUGCAAGCAACAUCUAGUGACCAGGAGAAAAAAAAGAUCGACUCAGACACAAUUGAAGUUCCCCGUGAAAAAGAAACUACGUCAAUGAAUGAAACUUACGAUCGAAAAGUUGAAGAAAAUGUUUUUUUAGAUGAACAGAAAAAGUACGACGAAGACGUUACAAGAAUUAAACCUGUUGAUCAAAUUGUAGAAAGUACUUUCGUAGAUGAAGAUAAAGAAGGCAUUAGUGAUAAAAACGAAGUCAUGGUGAAAGCUACAACUGAGGAUGACAAAGCUGUUGAAAAGGCAAGUGAGGAUUAUAAAAUUACUGAAAAAGUAACUGAGGAUCAAAAAUUUGAUAAGAAAAUAAUGGAUGAUCGUAAAAUUUUUCCAGAAGCAACUAUGGAUCAAGAAGUUGGUAGAGAAAUAAAUAAGGAUCAGAAAAUUGAUGAACAAGCGAGGGAAAUUGAUCAAAUUACUCGAGAAGAAACUUUUGGGGAUCCCAAAAUUAUCGAAGAAGCAACGAAAGAUCAAAAAAUGGAUACAGAAGUAACUGAGGGUCAGAAAGUUGAUAAAGAAACCACUAAGUUUACAAAAAUGGAUACAGGAAUGAAAGAGGAUGAUGAAAUUCUUGAUAAGACACCAGCGGACCAUAAAAUUAUUGCAGUUACUGGAGACAAAAAGACUUCUAAAGAAACAACUGACCUUGAAAUUGUUGAAACAGUAAUUCCAGAUGAUAAAAUUGUUAUAGAAACAACUGAAGAUCGGAAAAUUGAUGAAAAAGCAGCAGAGGGGUAUAAAAUUUCUAAAGAAGCUACCAUGGACAAAGAAAUGACUAAAUCGACAACUACAGAUUAUCAAAUUGGUAAAGACACAAAGGACGAUGAUGACAUCGCUGGAGAACCAACUGCAGAUCAGAAAAUUGGUAAAGAAACAAAGGACGAUGAUGAUGUUACUGGAGAACCAACUGCAGAUCAGAAAAUUGAUAAAGAAACAAAGGACGAUGAUGUCAUCGCUGGAGAACCAACUGCAGAUCAAAAAAUUGGUAAAGAAACAAAGGACGAUGAUGACAUCGCUGGAGAACCAAUUGUAGAUCAAAAAAUUGGUAAAGAAACAAGGGACGAUGAUGACAUCGCUGGAAAACCAAUUGCAGAUCAGAAAAUUAUAGAAACAGUUGAGAAACAAGACACUGAAGAAACUAAAUAUUAUGAAACUAUUGAAAAAGCAACCGAGGACUUCAAAAUUACUGAACCAGAACCUACAUAUCAUAAACUGGUUGAAAAGACAACUGAGGAUCACACAAGCGUUGGCGAUCUCGGAAUUUUAACAGAGACUAUCGUUGAUUUCGUUGGUAAAGAGAAAGCAUCCGAUGGGGAGAAGAAAAUUUCAAUGGAAAUCGAUAAGGACAAAGUUAGUGAAAAAGAAGCUAUUUUUUUAGAUAAAGAAAAGGUGCCUGGUGAGCAAGCAGGUACUACAGAUCUUAAAUCGGAUGAUCAGCAAAUAGACAAAGAGGAUGUUCUAAAUGGAAAAGAAAAAACCGUAGAUAUUACGCCUGAUAAUGAAAAUGAAAAAAGAAAAAGUAGUUCUCCCAAAGAAAAGGAAACUUCUGCAAAAAAAGAAGUUACGAAGGAACCAGUUACUAGCGACGAUCACAAAAUUAGUGAGAGAGAUGUUUUUAUUGACACGAAGAAGGAAACACGUGUUGAAGAUGAAAAAGAAAUUGUAAAAAGCGAAGAAACCAAAGAACAAGCAAGUAUUAUCGACGAUGAAGAGAAGGAAAAAUAUCACGAUAAAGAAGAAAAAAUAAUUAUAGAGACUGUAAAAAUUGAUGACCAUCCGAUCGAAGAAAAAGAAAUUAGUAAAGGAAUGCAAAAAAUAGACGAUUCCAAAGCCACUGAAAUAGAGAGUACAGAAACAGAAGAAACUGAUGACAGUCAAAUUCCUGUCGAUGGAAUUGUCCCAGAAACUUCAGAAAUUAAACAGCAAAUUACAAUUGAAAAACAGGAUGAUACAUCAACGAUUCAAGAUUAUCAGAUCGAUAAAGAAGUUAUUCCCAUGAAAAUACCUGAUGACACCACUGAAGAAAAAGAUGAUUCGUCAAAAAGAUCAAUCACUGAGAAACAAGAUAGUGAAAUAACAAAGGACUCGAUAGAAAUGCCUACUUUGAUCGAUAGUGAUAUGAAAGAAGAAAGUCCAAUGGAGUCAUCAGCUGUUGAUGAUCACACUGAUAAGACAGUUGAUGUCUUCGAUACAUUAACGAAUGGCAAAGGAUCGAUAAUUCCAAGUACUGAAAAAGAAAUUGCAACUAUCGAACAAUCAUCUACAAACGAUAGAAUUAUCGAGAAAGAAGUUGCUUCGUUAUCUUUCGACAACAAAGAAGAGAAAGAAAAGAAUGGAGUCCAAAUUUCGAAUAUUAGUAAAUCUCCGACUCCUCAAACAGAUGGCGAGUCUGGGACACUUGUGGUACCACCAGUAGACGAUAAACAAACGAAAGAAGACGCGGGGAAAGAUAAAAUUAUUGAUCUCUCGGAUGAUGACAAAAUAAUAUCGACUUCAAAGGAUGCGGCAGAAAAGGUUGAGCAAAUUAAUGUUCUUGAAGAAGCAAAGGGAGAGGAAUCCGACGAAAAGAUAAAAAUCGAUGACUCCUCGAGAGACGAAGCGACAAAAUUAGUGGCAGAAGAAUCUGUCGAAAAAUCAGAAAUUGGUAAACCUUUAAAGGACGAGACAGCAUCACCGGCGAAAGAAAGACAAGACACCGCCAAGGAGUUAUUCGAAAAAACGCACGAAGUGAGCAAGGAACCCGAGAAACUUUCGGAUAAUGAAACAGCAGAUAGCGAACUAGCACGAACUACCGAGAAGGUGGAGCAAUUGCGCGAACCGUCAGGUAAAGUGAGCAGUAGUUUUCAGGAAAUCGAAUUGGUUGAAACUUCUCCGCAGAUGUACGAGACGACAGAGAAAGAAAAGUUUGCGUUUGAUUCCACUAUACGGAAAGCUUCAACAGAUUCCGGGAAAAUAUCCGAAUCCGAAGAGCAGUUGAAGUCAGAGAGCGAGCAAACUGAAUUACAGGAAGUAGAACAAUUUGUUGAGGAACAAACUUUUACCGCGGAGGAAGCCGACAUUCAGAGGGAGGCAUUUCCGGAGGAACAGUCAAAUAUGGGAUUUAAUGUACCUACGAUUGUCCCCAAUGGCGAAUCAGAUAAGCAGGAUCUAACGAAGCCGAAAAUGGAUAAAACUUUGCCUCUAGAGGAAGAUAUAGUGCAAGAAGAGAGGCAGGAAAUACCUGUUGAGGGAAAAUUUAUAGACGUAAGCCUUCCACUUUUUACAAGCAUAAUAGAUACGGUGGUUGAUUCCGAAGAUAGUGAUUCAUCGAGUGAUAUUUCCAGGAAGACAACGUUAACUACCAGACCGUAUCAGACACCACGACAUCGGGCUCCACAACUUUCUGAGAAAGAAAUUAGUCAAACGGAGGAGGCAACUGGGCUGCAGGACAUGGAAGAUGAGGAACGAGUGACGAUAUCGAUCGAAGAGAUAGAAAAUGAGGACAUAGAAUCUUCGAAGGAAGAGAAAAUGUUCGUGGAGUUUGAAGAUACAAGCGAAACAGAGGAAGAUAAAGAAACUGUAUUAAGGGAAAGGACUAUGGAUAUACAAACGCAUUUUAGUCCGAAGAAAAUAAUCACAGCGACUGACAUAGAAGAUAUGAAGAAAGACGAGAAAACAGAAUCUGGAUGCAGCUUAGAACUGGCUAAAGAAUCCUCGAUCAGUACAAAACUAGAAUCUGGAACGAAGGAGUGCGAUACAAAAGCUGACAGACAUGAUGAAGCUCGUGACAAAGAAUGUUCGACUAGUACGAAACAUGUAAAGGAUACGAAAAUAGAUUCUGAAACGAGAGGCUACGAUAGAAAGCCUGAUAGGCAAGAUGAGGUUCGUGAGAAGGAAUCGUCGACUAGUACACAACGUGUAAAAGAUACAGAAUUAGAACACGAAAUGAAAGACGGCGAUAAAAAGGUUGAUAAGCCAGAUGAACCGUCAUUAAUUUCUAAACUUGCAAAAACCGAGACCUUUAAAGUUACCGAUAGAAGAAUGAAAGAGCUGGAGAAGAAAAGAGUAAUUCAACGAAGGAAGAAAAAAAGUACUUCCGAGGAAUCUUCCGAGGAGAAAGCAACUCAUUUUCACGAUGUAACGAGUCACGGUGGGUAUCGGACACGUAGAAAGCUCCCGGAAGAACAACUGAAGCAAAAAGAUAGCGAUCAAACGAAACAAUCAAGGAAACGAGAUGAGGAGUCACGACGAAAGCAAUCUCUGUCGAAAUUGAAAGCCGAAAAGGACAAAAAAUCAUCCAGUAGCAGCGAGAAAUAUCCAACUCCACCGAAAACUGGAGAAAUCGAUACGAGUAAGACACGACCGAAAUACAUGGCCUGGUACAAAAAGAAUCGAGAAGAAAUGGAAAAGAAACGAGCCGAAUUAAUGGCUACGGACGACGAGGAGCAACUUCCUCGAUGGUUACGAAGGAGUAUGAAAAAUCAAAGAACUGAGAAGGAAGGUAAAAAGUUAUCGAGCCAUAAAACUGCUGACACGACUCCACGGGCUAGACGCAAAGUGAAACCUUUGGUAAACGUCGAGUCUGAACAAUUGAAAGCUAUCGUUCGUCAAGGAAGAAAAUUAAGGAGAGCCGAAGGAGGAAAAAACGAAGAUCCACCGGUUCAAAUAUUCGCGACAACGCCACCCUCGGCAUCGCAAGAUCCUAAAUAUCAUUUGCUACAACAUUCUGAAUACAAAUACGAAAAGAUAUCUGCGCCAUUUUACCUUCAUCCUCCACCUGUUCCUCAUCCCUCUCCGCAAUUGUCACCAGAACAUUUUGAUAUUCCACCUACGAUGGAACAAGGGUGUACCGGUGAAGAUUUCGAUUCUGGAAUAGCAAUAUCGUUGCAGGGUGGCAACAGGUUGCGACACCAACAAUUAUUAGAAAAGAAAAGUGUAUUUGAUAUCGCUUACAGCGAAGCUGCCCCUUCUCAACUUCGUUCUGACAGUACUACACCUCCGUCUUAAAUUAGUAAUAAUUUGAGAAUCUUUAUAGAAAACUAUCCUUCUCUGUCGUUUAACGAUUUUUAAAAUAUUUAUGCAGGACGGAUACAUUGUUAAACAUUUUUGAAUAUUUUACGCGACAAUUAACUUUAUACAAUUAAUCAGUUGUUACGGUUUAACAAGUGUACAGGACAAGGUGAGGAUAGAUUUAAAUCUAUUAUUAUCGAGCUCUUAAAUGUUAUGAAUUCUCAAAGAAAAAGGAAAAGGACACAAAUUAAACUAAAAAUGACUAAAUUACGCACAAAAAAUGCAGGGUUAAUUAUAACAUAAAGUAGAUUUCAAAAAUUGUCACGUUUUAGAAUUUACACUUUGAUAGAGAAUAACAUGAGACGAAUAUGAAAUUUGAAAAUGCAUUUAAUCAUAAAAUUUGAAAAAACGUUCAAUUUCGAUCGAGAGUGAUAAGUAUGUAUACAUAGUAUUUACUAUAAAAAUAGCAUUGAAAGGAG